AUGGACGUUAUCUUCUGAUCAUGACACAGAGGUUGUAUUCGUGAAUUUGUGCUUUUCUUCCCCAUUUCAGUUGCAUUUUCAGCAGCUCUAAACAAAAAAUACUCGACAUUCUGUAUUAAUCAUAUAUUGUAUGUGCAGUAGCGCUCUUUCCCCCCCUGCUGCAGCGUGAAGGAGACAGGAAGAGGCGCUGCAGGAGCUGACCAGGAAGUGCUGCACCCAUAGCACCCAUGUGGGAGGUGAGGCUGCUGGGCAGCACCCUAGGGACACCCACUGUCCUGGCCGUCAUAGCUGCUGUGCUGGCUGUCCUCCUCACUUAUCUCGACGACACUGUUUCGGUGAAAUACACGAGCAUGGCUGAGGACAUGAAGAGCCUGGAGGAAAACCUCCGGCAGCAGAACAGGAGCUGCUUCAUCCUCGGGGCCUCUGGGGAAACAGGCAAGGUGCUGCUCCAGGAGCUGCUGCAGCGCAACCUCUUCUCCAGGGUCACCCUCAUCGGACGCAGACAGCUGACCUUUGAGGACAAGGCCUAUGAGAACCUGGUCCAAGAGGUGGUUGACUUUGAGAAGCUGGAUGAACAUGCCACAGCCUUCCAGGGCCAUGAUGUUGGCUACUGCUGUCUGGGGACAACCAGAGCAAAAGCAGGGGCUGAUGGAUUUGUUCGAGUUGAUCACGAUUAUGUUUUAAAGUCAGCUGAACUUGCGAAGGCAGGAGGCUGCACGCAGUUCCACCUGGAGUCCUCCAGGGGAGCCGAAAAAACCAGCAGCUUCCUCUACCUCCAAGUCAAGGGACAAGUGGAAGCAGACAUUGAGGCCCUGGGUUUUGAUAGAUUCAGCAUUUACAGACCAGGCGUCUUGCUGGUGGACAGGCAGGAGAGUCGGCCGGGCGAGUGGCUGGCCAGGAAGUUCUUCAGUGCCGUCUCUGCUGUACGUCCUACAUCCAUGUCCGUCCCAAUCGAAGUGGUGGCCAGAGCGAUGGUGUCCAACACUCUGCUCCAGCCUGAGCAGAAGACUGAGAUCCUGGAGAACAAAGACAUAUACAGUCUGGGGAAAAGCCCGGAGAAGUAAAAGAGCAGGAAAGGCACCGAGAUGAAAGAGAUAUUGCUAAUAAGAGUUGAUCCCAAACAAGCAACUGUUUCCACAUCACAUUUUACAUGGCGCCAGUGAGACAGAGCAUUAGAAGGAAGCAAAUAUAUAGACCGUUCACAGCUCAGUGGUUGUCUAGAUUUUACAUAUUAGUUUGUUUUUUAAUAAACAUUUUCCCCUUCUUUCUCAUUAAUGGGUGUCGGACAAAUAUUAAAGCCAUACUUAGCUUUCCAUCCAACCAUCAUUGUACCACAUAACACUAUUAACUGUUCUCUUUCCAAGUAAUGUGAGCAGUUAUCCAUAAAUGUUUACAUGAUGCAGAACUCAAAGGUUUUUCAAAGUACUUGAGUGUACUGUCAUUUUUAAACUGCUAUAUAUCCAAAUGGUUUUCUUCUGAACCCGCUGAAGACAACCGUCUGUAGAACAUUUUGUUCCUCUCUGCCUUUUACUUUUGAAAAUUAAAUAUUGCCAAACGUU